CGCCAGAGCCCGUGGGCGCCGUUCGCGAGGCCGCCUCAGGCGCCCGGCCGCAGUGCGGGGAGCCCCAGGGCCCAGAGGCCGCCGCCGCCGCCGCCGCCAUGCCUCUGCUCUUCCUGGAGCGUUUCCCCUGGCCCAGCCUCCGCACCUACACGGGCUUCAGCGGCCUGGCCUUGCUAGGCACCUUCGUCAGCGCCUACCGCGCCCUCAGCCAGCCGGAAGCCGGGCCGCGCGAGCCGGAGCCGUUAACGUCCCCACUGCAGCCCGAGGCGCUCUCACCCGCGCGCCUAGCCGCCGGCGUACCCCGGGCCGGCGACAUGGCCCAGUACUUGCUGUCCGACAGCCUCUUCGUGUGGGUUCUGGUAAAUACUGCUUGCUGUGUUUUGAUGUUGGUGGCUAAGCUUAUCCAGUGCAUUGUGUUUGGCCCUCUUCGAGUGAGUGAAAGACAGCAUCUCAAAGACAAGUUUUGGAAUUUUAUUUUCUACAAGUUCAUUUUCAUUUUUGGUGUGCUGAAUGUCCAGACCGUGGAAGAGGUGGUGAUGUGGUGCCUCUGGUUUGCUGGGCUUGUUUUUCUGCAUUUGAUGGUUCAGCUGUGCAAAGACCGAUUUGAAUAUCUUUCCUUUUCUCCCACCACACCGAUGAGCAGCCAUGGGCGAGUCCUGUCUCUGUUGAUUGCUAUGCUGCUUUCCUGCUGUGGAUUGGCAGUUGUCUGCUGUGUCACAGGCUACACCCAUGGCAUGCACACCUUGGCUUUCAUGGCUGCAGAGUCUCUUCUUGUGACAGUGAGGACAGCUCAUGUGAUUUUACGAUAUAUAAUUCACCUCUGGGACCUCAACCAUGAAGGAACCUGGGAAGGAAAGGGGACCUAUGUCUAUUACACCGAUUUUGUCAUGGAGCUUACUCUUUUGUCCCUGGACCUCAUGCACCACAUUCACAUGCUGUUAUUUGGCAACAUCUGGUUAUCUAUGGCCAGCCUGGUCAUCUUUAUGCAACUUCGUUACCUGUUCCAUGAGGUACAGCGUCGAAUCCGUCGGCAUAAGAACUAUUUGCGUGUUGUUGGGAAUAUGGAAGCCAGGUUUGCAGUUGCAACUCCAGAGGAGCUGGCUGUCAAUAAUGACGACUGUGCAAUCUGUUGGGACUCAAUGCAGGCUGCAAGGAAACUGCCCUGUGGACAUCUUUUCCACAACUCCUGCCUUCGUUCCUGGCUAGAACAAGACACAUCCUGUCCAACAUGCAGAAUGUCUCUUAAUAUUGCUGACAGUAAUCGUGCCAGGGAAGACCAUCAAGGAGAGAACUUGGAUGAGAAUUUGGUUCCUGUAGCAGCUGCUGAAGGCAGACCUCGCUUAAACCAGCACAAUCACUUCUUCCACUUCGAUGGGUCCCGGAUUGCGAGCUGGCUGCCGAGUUUUUCAGUUGAAGUGAUGCAUACUACCAACAUUCUUGGCAUUGCACAGGCCAGUAACUCCCAGCUAAAUGCAAUGGCUCAUCAGAUUCAAGAGAUGUUCCCCCAGGUGCCCUAUCACCUUGUGCUUCAGGACCUCCAGUUGACACGCUCCGUGGAAAUAACAACAGACAACAUCUUAGAAGGACGGAUUCAAGUACCUUUUCCCACACAGCGGUCAGAUAGCAUUAGACCUGCACUGAACAGCCCAGUGGAAAGGCCCAGCACUGAUCAGGAAGAGGGAGAAACUUCUUCUCAGGCGGAUCGUGUGCCACUGGACCUCAGUCCUCGCCUAGAGGAGACCUUGGACUUCAGUGAGGUAGAAGUGGAGCCCAGUGAAGUGGAAGACUUUGAGGCCCGGGGGAGCCGCUUCUCUAAGUCUGCUGAUGAGAGACAGCGCAUGUUAGUCCAGCGGAAGGACGACCUUCUACAGCAAGCACGGAAGCGAUUCUUGAAUAAAAGUUCUGAAGAUGACAUGGCCUCAGAGAGCCUCCACCCCUCUGAAGGCACGUCCUCUGACCCUGUGACCUUGCGCCGGAGAACGCUGGCUGCUGCUGCUGAGCGGAGACUUCAGAGGCAGCAGACUUCCUAGCGCUUCCUUACUUUCCUCUGCCUCCUCUCAGCCCUGCCAUCCGGAAGAGGCCUGCCCCAGUUCUGCCUGCUGUGUGGAGGCACAGGCUCGACUGCAUUGCCGCUGUAUAAAGCAUGUGGUCUUAAUAGUGUUUGGACAGCUGACAAAUUUAAUCCUUCUUCGUAAUACUUUCUAUGUGACGUUUCUCUUCCCCUUAGAAACACUGCACAUUUUAAGUCUAGGCAUGAUCUCUUCUGGUGUUGACUGGAUUUCUUGGCGUUGGGGACAAGCAAGAGGAAGCAGUCAUCCAUUGCAGUAAGAAAGCAGCUUCAAUUUCUGGUUUGUGUGUAAGCCACAACAGAUGUUCGCAUCCUUGGUGCCACAACUGGAAGGAAGCAUGCGUGCUGGGGAAUACAUAACAGCAGCAGCGAGAAGGUGCACAGUAGGAGCCUCACUGCACCAUGGAAACUAUUCUGUUGUCAAACGCUGUGCUUAGGGAGGAAGCAUCCACAGUGUUCCAGAGGCCAGGCCCCGGCAGGCUUCUGGACCUCUGGACCAGCAGGGCAUCAUGUGUAAAGAACUGAUUUGGUACCUGGAGCAGAAAGGGAAAGCCCAGAGCUGCAGAAAAAGGAGACCCUUUUCUGCCCUUAAUAUUCAGGACUGACCUGAACCUGAUCCACAGCUGGCUUUAUUCUGUUCACCCUGGUGCUCCUACACCACAUGAGCUUGCCCGCAGCCCUCCUCCUCCCUCCCCACUCCUGCUUACUCUGGGCAUGGGAAGGCCUUGAGCAAGGUUUUAAUUCCUUGGUAAAUUGGGCAGUGCUAGAGCCUAUGAGUCUGAUCCUUAGAAAAAGUGCUGGCCUUGCCAUAGGGGGAAUAAAUAGUUUUGGGGGCUGUUGCUAAAGAACUAUCUUUUGUGUCUUUUGUGGAGCCCUUCCUUUUUCUGAUUUUGUUCCUGUGGGUCUCAUUGAAAACAGAAAGGAAGACGUUGAAUAGUCCACAUGCCUUGGGGCAGACCUGGUCCCAAAUCUUCUCAAAUUCUCCACAUAUUUAACUUUAAGGAUUUGAAACACAAUCACAGGUUUCAUAGUUUUACGUCCCAUUGGAUUAAGUUUUUUUUUUUUUUUUUUUAAUGUUUGAAAACAUAGUUUAUGGUAGUCAUUUUGGGAAGAAUCCAGUAUUAUCUAAAGUUAUUGGCAAAGUUAAAUGUAUUUUACAUAACUCAGAGUUUUUAGAGUGUUGACAAGUAAUUGAAGAGUGACAGGUGAGUAGUCAAAGAUGAUUUAUUUCAAUAAAUCUUUCAAAAGCCUUACCUGGAAAUGCUGUUAGUUAAUUCCUGUGAUUUUUUUAAAAAAAAUUGUUUUGCUGAGAGCAUAGCUAUUUGUUUUUAUUGUAAAACAAUAAUAAUAAAAAGCAAACUCUUGUAGUAUGGUGUGUGGCUGGCAGCUGCUUUUCCAAGGGGACUGCUUGAAUCCCAUUUCGCUAUUGUGUCUAUCAUUUGGGUUGGGGUUUCCUAUUCCUUUUGAAUUGGGGGAUUUUGCUCUCCUGGUUCUUUAUUUGGAGAUGGCAGCACUGAGUUUUUCUUACCUGGUGUUCAUUUCAUCUUUUCAUGUUGCACAUGAAAAUAAAAGUGAAACCAAGUCCA